CCCACGUGACCGAUGUUUACAAGUGUGUUUUAAGUACAGAGGAAGACAAAUACAGCAGUUCUAAACUAAAGAAGUUAUCAGUUGGACAAUUUUUGACACAUGGGAAUGGAUUACUCAAGACAGUCACAAUCAACGGUUCAUCCACCCCCACCAAACCAACCCUAUCCUCAACCAGCACCACAACCAAGUGCCCCGCCCCCAUAUAGCGCACCACCUCAGCCGUAUAACAGUCCAUAUCCUGCUCAACCACCAGCUUACAAUUACGGACCCAAUCCUUACCAACCAGCGGGGCAGCCUUAUGGACAAUAUGGACCACCCCCACCCCCACCAGUACAACCUGUAGUGGCACCGCCAGCAGUGGUUUACGUGGAUGGACAUCAUGGGCAUCACGGCUUUGGGCAUCAUGGCUUAGGUCAUGUGUUAGGAGGUCAUCACGGUGUGUUCGGUCACCAUGGAGGACACCAUGGUUUUGGUCACCAUGGAUUUGGUCACCAUGGUUUUGGUCACCAUGGUGGUCAUCAUUGAACAAAACUGGUGGUCAUUAUUGAACAAAACUAGAAAUUGUUCAUUAGUGUGCAAUUCUAUACAGUGUAUAUUAGAGACACUGAUAGCAAUGUUAUGUUUUUUGGUUAUCAUAUUUGUUACUUAUAUACAUAUACACGCAUAUACAGUACAGAGCCCGCUCAGGGUGAAAAAAAUCCAUUAUUUCUUUGUUUGUUUUUAUAUUAUUGUAUUUUCACAUUACACGUACAUGAAAUGUUAUUUGUUGUUAAAGAAAUUUAACAAGUUAGACAUAAUUAAAAAAGUGAAACAAAGAUUUGAUUUUUUAAAAAAAAUCUUUCAUGAAACCGUAUUUGAGAGCAGGACUUUUAGAAAGAAAUUAAUGAGCAAGAAAUAGUUAAAAUUAUAGAUAAUUUUGAGUGUUAUAGAAGGAAGAAGUUCGAU